AUGUCUUUAGACUACGAAAGACCACUCAUUCCAGGGGACCAAGAUCCGACUAAGGCUCCAGGACUUCGUCUGGACCAUCGGUCAGUUUUGGCUCAAUCUGAAAUCUCUGUGAAUUCGGUUCCAGGCGGACUCAGUAUCGCCAAACAGCAUGGCUCUUCCAGACAUUGUUAUGGUCAGAAUUUGGCAAGGCCACCAAUGGAAAAAGCACUCACCGAUACAAGCAACUUCAUUCAGAUCCAUGGAGACUCUUCCGGUCAAUUUAAAUCUGCAAAUGGUGCUGAUAAUAUCAGCCUAAGCAGCAACGGUGACCUGGACAGCAGUGCACAAUCAAGUUCCGAAUCCUUGGUUCCUACAAACAAUUACACAUCCUCUGUCAAAGAAAUGAACCUCUCGGAAUCAAUGCGCAAAAGACGAGACGAAUGGGCUGAGAGAGGCGCUGCUAAGAUCGUCAAGGAAGUUGUGAACCCAGAAACAGGAGUCAUGGCAAAACACGUCAUCAAAAAGGGUAUCAAAGACUUUAGGUUUGGAGAGGUGUUGGGAGAUGGCUCUUAUUCUACCGUCAUGCUUGCCCGUUCCAAUGACAGUGGCAAGAAAUAUGCUGUCAAAGUCCUCAACAAGGAAUAUCUUAUACGUCAGAAAAAAGUCAAGUACGUCAACAUCGAAAAAAACACACUACAGCGAUUGAAUAGUGGGAGAGGUGUCAUCAAGUUAUAUUUCACCUUUCAGGACGAAGCCAGUCUCUAUUUUUUGCUUGAAUACGCUCCAAAUGGUGAUUUCCUUUCUGUGAUCAAGAAACAUGGAACCUUAGCUGAGGAAUGUGCACGAUACUACUCUGCUCAGAUCUUAGAUGCCAUCGACUACCUUCACCACAUGGGGGUAGUGCACAGAGAUAUUAAACCUGAAAACAUCUUGCUGGAUAAAGAUAUGAAGGUUAAAUUAACUGAUUUUGGUACCGCCAAACUUCUCGACAGAAACGGUGUUACGGAUUCUUAUGAUCUUUCUGAGAGGUCGAAAUCAUUUGUUGGUACGGCUGAAUAUGUAUCACCCGAGCUCUUGAAUGACAACUACGUGGAUUACAAAUGUGACAUUUGGGCUUUUGGUUGUAUCCUUUUCCAAAUGAUCGCUGGGAAGCCACCUUUCAAGGCGACUAACGAGUAUCUCACAUUUCAAAAAGUCAUGAAAGCACAAUAUGCAUUCACAGCAGGAUUUCCGCUAGUCAUCAGAGAUCUGAUCAAGCGCAUUCUGGUGAAGGCCCCAGAGAAUAGAUUGGAAGCUGCACAGAUCAAGAAACAUCACUUUUUCGGUGACACAAAUUUUGACGAUAAUAGUAUUUGGGAAGAUCCUGCUCCCGAGAUUACACCUUAUAAAAUGAAUGCUAAGGCUAUGCAACCAAUUGCUGCUCUCGACAAAACUAAACCAAAGCUUGUGAUCAACAUGCCGAAAAAACAAAGCCGCUCACAAACCCCGUCAGCUCCAUCAACUCCUGAGCCUACGAACGAAGCCAAAAUUCCGGAGCCAGCGAGGCCCUCAACAGAUGCCAGAACUGCUCAGAUCUUAGAAAAUGCAAAAAGAGAGAUCCAAAAUAGACGUCAGAAUAACCGUAGAACAACAAGUGCGGCUUCUGCGGCCGCUUUAGCGCUCAUGAAAAAUUCGUCUAGAUCAACCCCUCCUCCAAACUCAGGAAGGUCUGAAUCUUCUGGCGGUGUACCUUCUAGUGAUCCUCCGUCUCCUAGACCUACACAACUCCCUCCACCUUCUCGCGUAGAUCGGUCGCAAACGGGUGGCAUUAGCGGAUCUUCUGCCACAACCCUUUCGGUACCUCCCAUGAAUAAAACCGAUAUCCUGUGGUCUUUCUAUCUGAAAAAUAUCGAUGAGCGGGUUCUCAAAACGGGCGAAGUGGAAAUGACUUGCAUGAAAUCUCUACUUUUAGAGAAGAGGUUAUCUAAAACCAACGCAUCUCUGGUGGACCUAGGGCGCUCCUCACAAAGAACCACUUUCUUAUCGCAGGUCGCGAGGUCGGGAGGCGGUGUGACGGGUUUCAGAUCCGACAGUGGUUUUGAUAAUCUAACUGAGAAAGACUUCUAUCUCGAAUGGACCAUUACUGACAGCGUUGUGGUUGACUCCUACAAGAAAAGCGAACCUGAGGGUGGGGAGACGCAUGCAGUGUCCCAUAAAUUCAAAAAGUUAUUCCAGGCGAAAAACGAAGAGAUUCCAAGAGUCACAGACGUUAUUCCAUCUUCAGAUUUUUUGAGAAGAUUUAUGGUAAUCACGACGUUUGGACGUUGCCUUGUUUUUGUCAAAAGAAAUCGAGUACAACCAGAAACCAACCUGUCCUUCGACCUUGAGUUCGAUAUCGAUUUGUCUCAACGAGAUGUGAGGAUCAAAGAACUUGUUGUUGAAGGUGAUGGCUAUGAAGUUAGCGACUUCCAGUACGUUGUGGAGACACCGUUCAAGUCAUUUGUCUUCAAGUGCCGUGCCAGUGACUCAACAUGGCUAUCAACUUCAAUAAAAAGCGUGAGGCUCAACCACGAUAGAAACGUGGAAAAGACCAGAUUAGCAGAACCCUCUGGAAUCGCCAGUAGAGCGGCAAGGCUCGCAAGUCCGACAUUGCCGUCUACGUCCACAUUUGCAGCCAAGGCAUCUCCGACAUUUGUAAAAUCGUCGCCCAAGGCAUCUGAUCCAAAAUCUCCUGCCAAACCGUCGAGUCCGGUAGCAUCGCUACUUUCCACCAAUGGAUCCAAAUCAGGUCGCUUGUUUGAUACAUUUGUUGACAAAAAGGGCAAAGAAAGUAAAAAGACGGUAAAGCCGGUGCCUUUGUCAGGAAAACUUACUAACGGGCUUCCAUCAGCCGGUACGAUAAACGACAGGUCGCAAUUAGUCCAAGACUCCACAGGUCAGUAUACAUCCAGGCAACUUCAACGACCCACAUCUUCAGGCAAAGGAUCAAGGCUUCUUGAAAGGUCUGAUCGGCCGUUCAAGAGAUGA